CUACUCUUCCUCUUCAAUCUCUCUCUCAUUCGGAUUUGGAUUCAUUCUCUCUACUCUUCUGCUUUCUCCGAUCUUCUCUCUAGCCCGGAAUCGGAUUCGGUUUGGGAGAAGCUGAGCUGUCUCAGUUUGCCGGCGACUACUCAACCAAGCCAGGACACAGCAAAGUCUUUUAUCUGUUUUCAGUUUGUAACGUUGUUGAGGUGUGGUGACUUGAGGCUUUGGAGUGACGUGUUUGCUGUGUUUUUUUCUGGACAGAGAGAGAGAGAUGGCUUUUCUAGAGGAUCAGAGUGAAGCCACGGGAUCAAACGCCUCUCUUGCGGUUGGCAAUUGCAGCCCAAAAGGGGAUGCUCAAUCGAAAUUGGUGACUGAACUCCAGGACUUUUCGUCAUUUGGCAAUGAUCAGGCACUUAAGGUCAGGAAACCUUACACCAUUACAAAACAAAGAGAAAAAUGGACGGAGGAAGAACACCAAAAGUUUCUUGAAGCCUUGAAAUUGUAUGGCCGAGGUUGGCGUCAAAUAGAAGAACAUGUAGGAACCAAAACUGCAGUUCAGAUACGAAGUCAUGCUCAGAAGUUCUUCUCUAAGGUAGCUAAGGAGUUGCCUGGAACUGGUGAAGGCUCCCUCAAACCAAUUGAAAUACCUCCUCCGCGACCUAAGCGGAAGCCUAUGCAUCCUUAUCCACGUAAACAUAAUGGAUCACCAGAAAGGAGGUCACCGUCCCCAAAUUUUUCAGUUGCUGAGAAAGGCCAAGAAUCCCCCACUUCAGUAUUGUCUGUACCUGGUUCUGAUAUAAUCGGGUCUCCAGCUUUGGAGCAAUAUAACAGAUCUCGACCUUCAACAUCAUGUACCACUGACAUGCGAUCAGCCAACUUAUCCCAUGUUGAAAAGGAGAAUGACUAUGCGACAUCCAGCCCAUCCACUGAAGAAGCAAAAGAAACUAUGCCACAUGUGGACUCAACCUUGGACAAACCUCUUUCUGUGGUCCAGAAAGAUGCAUCGGCUUCCGGGUGCACUUCAACUACUGAAGGAGAUGCAGGCAGAGUGGGAGCUUCCAUGAGCAUUAAGCUUUUUGGAAGGACAGUUUUGGUGUCCGACCUGCAUAAACAAUCUUCUUCUGGUACCAAGGAUUGUACUUCGUCGAUAUACAUGGCCAAACAAGAGAAUCAUGAGAGUGAGAGUGGGUGGGACAACAAGACGGGAGCCCCAAGUCUGUGCCAGCCAACUCGGAUGCUCCUCCUCCCUUGCCUUGGUGGGUUAGUCUACCAUUUUGUCAGGUUGUAUGCGUCGAUUCCCGUGUUGAUGAACUAUCGAAGCAGAAUGAAAGAUCUUGCGCUGGUUCAAAUGAUGGUUUAGUUACUUCAAUUGAUUCUGUAUGUGAAGAACCUCGUAGUGUUGAGCCCUGCAAUUCAAGGAAGGGGUUUGUACCAUACAAAAGAUGUUUAGCAGACACAAACAGGAACUCCUCAGUGAUAGUAUCUGAAGAGAAAAGGGACAGACAAAGGGCUCGUGUCUGCUCAUAAUUUUUGUAGUAAAACAAAUGUUCAGUUUUUCUUUCUUUGUUUCUUCCCAUCUUGAAAGGCGUAUAUUGAUUGAUUGUAACCAGAGGGAAUAAGUAGUCUGAGAAUAAUGACUUAGCAAGAUCAGGAAUCGGUUCGCGCAGAAAUCGGUUCUAUCCGUUCACUGAAGUCUCACAUUAGUUGUAUCUCUCUUCACGGAUUCAUUCUUUACAUUCUUUCAAGAAUAUUGAAUGAUUGGAUUCCAGUGGCCAUAUUGUGUAAUCGAACUGUAAACUCAGUACACUUGGACUGGGCGAGUGACUGAAGAAUUCAACCGUUACACUUUCAGAACAGAUGUAGUUGCAAAACUGAAUUGUGCCAUUUAUAGUUUCAGGUAGUCAAUAUACAAAGAGUUAUCAGCAUA